GAAAAUCCGCACGUAUCCAGCAGCGUGCGAUGUGUUGAAGUGUGGGCUGGACCGAGCCGAGCCGAGAUAAACUGCACUGUGGACUCCAAGACCAGGAAGAGGCUGUCAUCUCGCAGUAGAGGAGAUAACUCACCUUAUUUAAAACCUCGAGGUCUAUUUUAUUUAUUUUAAAAGUUCAACUGACAGCAGAACCCUCCCAUUCAUUUCCCUCAUGUGACUGUGUGUUUAUUUGCCCGGGACUGUACCUGUAGUACUUGAAAUCAGAAUCUGUCAGUAAGAAAAGAGAAGAAGAAAUGGAGAAAUCAAACGGCUUCUCGUCUGACCGAAACAUCUUGUGCUUGUUUGACGUGGACGGUACUUUGACACGACCGAGAGAGAAAAUAGACCCAGAGCUGGACGAGUUCUUCCAGACUCUGAGGAAGAAAGUGAAGAUCGGCAUCGUGGGUGGAUCCGACUACUCUAAGAUAGCAGAGCAGCUUGGGGAGGGGGACGAUGUGAUACACAAGUUUGACUAUGUGUUUGCUGAGAACGGGACAGUACAGUACAAAGAUGGGAAACUCCUCUCAAAACAUGCCAUUCAGAACCAGCUUGGGGAGGAGCUGCUACAGGACCUAAUCAACUUCUGCCUCAGCUACAUGGGGCUCAUCAAGCUGCCAAAGAAAAGGGGGACGUUCAUUGAGUUCAGGAAUGGAAUGCUGAACAUUUCGCCCAUCGGUCGAAGCUGCACGUAUGAGGAACGAAUUGAAUUCUCUGAAAUCGACAAGAGAGAGAAGAUCAGGGAGAAAUUUGUUGCAGCUCUGAAAGAGGAGUUUGCUGGGAAGGGACUACGGUUCACUAAAGGUGGCGUCAUCAGCUUUGACAUUUUUCCGGAGGGCUGGGACAAGAGACUGUGUCUGGAGCUGCUGGGGAGCGAAGGACUCAACGCCAUUUACUUCUUUGGCAACGAGACCUCAGAUGGAGGAAACGACUAUGAAAUUUUCCAUGACCCACGAACCAUCGGUUUCACAGUCUCCUCUCCAGAGGACACUGCCAGGCUCUGCCAAGAACUUUUCUUUGACGUUCCACAUGAAUCCUGAUGCAGGUCCACUGAACUGCUCCCGGCCCCUUAAUGCACAAACCCCUCUGAGCUCUUGCCCACGGGCCUCCGCUGAUGAGACAGCCAGCACCUCGAGCCCAGGCCGUUAAUGAACGGCUGAGCGGUACCACUACUGAUUUUCUCCAUAUUAAUAACAUGAUUAUGUUUAAUAAGAGUGGACAGCAGCGCAGUGUUCGAUAACUCCACCCUUUUUUUUAAAGGGUCAGUAACUGAAUGAGUGUUACCUCUUGAUGUGCUCACGUCAGGCUUUAACGCUGUGACAGAUGUUUGAUUGCAGACUCACACCUCUGCGAUGUGUAGCAUGCACGGUGAAAAUAACCAAAAAGCUUAGAGGUCAUGAACAUUCUGCAGUGUUUACAGUUAAUACUCCAGAUUACAUACUGUAGAGUACACAAGGAUGUUUUGCACUAAUGUUGGUGUAAUGUUGGUUUAAUCAAUUAAUUAAUAGUUGGUUUAAUCUUGUUAAACACUGCUUAAGGAGCUGGGAAGAGUGAGAGAGAGAGGGGGGCUGAUUGCUGCUUUGUGAGUCCAUUUUGGAAAUGACACACGGUGUGAAUGACGUGUUAAAAGGAGCCAUGGGCCUCAAGUCAUUCCAGGUAUUUUACUGUCUCGGCAGCGCUCUGAACUGGAUGGGAGUGACUGAUGGUUUAUUGUGUGAUCCCUGAAUGUCAAAUGUCCAUUUUAACCUCACAGAGCUGCUGAAAGUUUAAGAAGAAUCUUGUGGCUUUAUGUGCUUGAAAUGCAUUAAAGUGAAGAUUUGUCAGAUUUAUAUUUAAAACUGGACAUUACUGACUCAAUGAAUUCCUCUUAACCAGUGAAUUAAGCUACUGUGACCAAGUCACUGUCCAGACCUUUGUCAGUCAGUAUGACAAUUUUUAUGUAAACUGCGUUUACAUGGUGUAUCAUGGCCUUCACGCUGUAAACCAGCGACUGUACUAAUGCGCUUUGUUUGAUUCCUUGUUGCUAUUUUCUUUUUCAGAUUUCUGCUUUAUCAGCAGCUGCCUAAAGGGUUUUUAAACACUACCGGUUUGAUUUUCGCAUAACAAAUCUUUCUGUCAUGGUUCAGAAUUAGGACUCCUCCUUGAUGAUGGAUCGUUAUUUUGCUGAGCCAGAUACACUAGCUGCAGUGCUGUGUCAACUGUAAACACUCCACCCAACAGGCUCCAAGCAUCAUGCAGGCUUACUAAACAUGCACAGCAUAAGAAUUAGCUUUUAAUGUGUAAGAUUGCUCAUGUCUGU